AAGCUGAUCACAAAAUUUUAGAAAAUGUCUGUUUUAUUUCAGACAGGAAAGCUACAUUUACCGAUUAGACAUUUUAGAAAUAAAUUUAUCAAAUUCCAAAGUUUAAAAUGCAGCUCAGAUGCAGCUAAAAAGUUUGUUGUUUUCGAUGAAGUUAAUGCUUUGAGAAGAGCACAAGCGCAGCGUAGUCUGGUGGUACAAGUCAGUUCCGAGUCGUCCUUCAAAGAAUUGUACGGAUAUUGUUCUAAAUAUGCAACUAUCAGUGAUAUACAUCAUUAUAAAAAUACAUCAGGAGAGCAUUUUAUGCUCAUUGAAUUUGAAAAUGAAGAAAAUUUGACAAACAUAUUGCAACAAUGUAGCUCACACCAAAAAGAUUUAGAUGUGAUGCCUAUCCAGUCACCUUUUUUGUGGUUCCGAGCAGUGGUAGGCUCUAAAGAGUCUGCAAACAGUUCAAAAGAAUUGGCUAUAAAGGAUGGCAACUGUUGCGUAGACGAAGACUUGCUGUUGGAAGAGCUAGCUAAAUGUGAGACAGUGUCGGACCAAAUAAUGUUGUUGUAUCAAAGAACUAUGUUGAAUGAUAUUGGCAUCAGGCUUAGGUUCAUGGUGGCAAGACAGAUGGAGAUGAUAUUCCAAAGCCUGUACUCUAAUAUAGUGGUUCAACCAUUUGGAUCAUCGGUGAAUGGUUUUGGUAAAAUGGGAUGUGACCUGGACUUGGUCCUUACAAAUGUCCUCACAAAGGAAAUGACGUCCGCAAGCCGUCGUCUAGUAUACCAAGACAAGAAGUACGAAGGUCGGCGGACACCGUGGCAGCGACACCUCGAGCUCAUCGCACACCUGCUGCAGCUGCGGGCGCCGGGCGCGUCGCGGGUCCAGGCGAUACUCAACGCGAGAGUACCCAUCGUCAAGUAUUCGCAUGACCUCACCGACUUGGACUGUGAUCUUUGCUAUAAUAAUACCUCCGGUGUGUACAUGUCGGAACUCCUCUGGCUGUACGGCUCGGUGGACGCUCGCGUCCGCCCGCUGACGUUCGCGGUGCGGCGCUGGGCGCGGGCGGUGGGUAUCACGCAGCCCCACCCCGGCCGCUGGGUCACUAACUUCCCCCUCACCCUCAUGGUGCUGUUCUUCCUGCAGCAGACGCGCUCCGGGGGAGCUAUACUGCCGAGCUUCAAGUACUUAGUCAAUAAGUCUGGGAGGGAAGACAUCCGGAUAGCCGAGGAGAAUCUCAACUGCACAUUCCUGCGAGACCUCAACAAGCUGCCGGCCUCAGCCUUCGGACAGAACACGGACAAACUCGAAACACUCCUAUUCCAAUUCUUUGAGUUCUACUCGCAGUUCGAUUUCCAAGAGCGAGCGAUAUCAAUAAACGAGGGUACAUCGAUAAGGAAACCAAACGCUUCGCCCCUGUACAUAGUCAAUCCUUUGGAGCAAGCGAUGAACGUCAGUAGAAAUGUCAGUUACGAGGAGUGCGAAAGACUGAAGUUGGAGAUAAGGAACGCAGCAUGGCACCUAGAGACUUCUUUAGACAAUAAGAAAGGAGACGAUUGGGGUCUGUUAGGCUUGAUAGAGAAAAAGACGGCGAGAGGCCUCAAACAGCUGUUGAGACUCGGUAACUUGCAGAGAUUAGUAUCUGUGAAAGAUUUAUUUAAAGAUGACGAAAAUGAACCCUCCACGGAGGGGAUAAAGUCCAAAUUGCAAAAGUUCGGCAAAAACAAAAGUACAGAAAAGACUGAUAGUGACGAGAAAAGUGAGAAAGUGAAGUUCAAAAACAGUCAGAUCGCCAAAGAAGUGUUUAGGAUACGAAGGGACAAGAUUCUGUGAUGUACAGACAUUAUACUCAGCGUGUGGUGUUUAUGUUUAGACUGAAAUUAUGUCGUUAUCUGAUGUGGCUGCUGUAAAUUGAUUGUAUUUGAGAGGUGUGAGAUUGAUCCAAAUAAACAGUAACAUUUUUGGGACUGUCUACAGAU